UCGCGUUCUGCGGUCAUGCGAAUGAGUUGAGCGUUGUUUCUUUUUUUUUUAAUUGUUUUGUUUUUGUUUGAGGGAGAAUUGGAAUUAAAUUACGACAGUUCCAAUACACAGAUGGAUGCGUGCAAGAGCGUUCUGUCAUGGAGUAUCAAAACGUAAAUAAAUUAAAGAAUCCUCGGACAAAUAAUGUGCCGGGUUAUGAUUCAAAAAAUGAGGACGGAUAAUAGCUGCGUGUAAAUUUAAUACUGUUUUAUAGUGGUUGUCUCGUGUUUGUAGUGACUGGUUCUGUGUGAUUGUGACAGGAGAUGGUAAAACUCGCCACGUCUUUCACACAAGAGGACGUUUUUUGUUUUUUUAUUUCUCCACUUAAAUUUUUAGUAGUGUGUAUUUUACACUUUUGUGCUCAAUAGAGAAAAAAUUAGAGGUUAACUGUAUAAAAUUGUAUAUAUGAAUUUUUGAGGUUAUGACAAGUGUUUUCAUCUAUUUACAAUUUGGAACACAUGGUUAAAACAUGUGAAAGGGUUUUGGUUCAAGUGUGAAAUAUAUUGUCACAGUGGAAAGUGAAGUGUAUAAGUGUAAGUGUAUUUUACUGGGAAUGAAGGAAAAUUGAAAAGUGAACGCAAUGACAAUUAUUGAGAUUCUCGCGAGUUCGACGGCACUGGAGUUGAGAGCCUCUUGGAGGUAAAUGAGAAAAUCGAGUCUCUGGACCUAUAUAUAUAUAUGUAUAGAGAUCAGAAGAAAAUAAAGUACGGACUAUAAGGCAAAAGAGGACUAAAAUUACGUGAAACCGAUCGAAGUAUCCGGCGAACUCCAAGAGAGAAACCCUCGUAUCGAGGUUACCUCGUACUUCAAGGUCGAAGUACCGUAAACGUCUCACGUGCCAGUUGGAAAUAAACAACAACGAAACGAACGACAACGACGAACCCUUUCGUGUUGCUUGGAUUUUCUCGCGAUAUCGGCGAAGACAUAUAUAUAUAUAUAUAUAUACACCCAGGGAAUCUUCAAAAGGGGGAGGAAUUCGCUAAAGAAAUCGAAGUGAAAGAGUGGUGCAGGGUGGAAAAAGGGAGAAGAGUGACGACCGGUCAGGGCUAGUGAGCGAUGCCGGUUCGCUAAGGGCCUUUUUUUUUUCUUGGUUUAUUAUUGUUGUUGUUAUUUUAUUUUUGUGACCUCGCACCGAGAUGUCAGGAGGUUCCGCGUGUGGUGGUGCUCGGGGCACUGGCGCCGAGUGCAGGAAGUUCGCGCCAAACAUAUUCAACAAGAGCAAGUGCAGCAGCUGCUUCAAACAGAAAGAGGAGCACAGUGCUGAGGCUCUGGAAUGCAACAGGGCAACAAGGAAGAUCUCCAAGUGCGGGUACCUCUUCGUGGCACCGGGAUGGGACUUCUCAAACCCUCUGAACCGUACAAAGAGAUGGCAACGUCGAUGGUUCGUUCUCUACGACGAUGGGGAAUUGACGUACUCUGUUGACGAACAUCCGGAAACUGUGCCACAGGCAAGAAUCGACAUGACACGUGUCCUGGAAGUUGCUGCAGCCGAGGAUAUCACUGGACAUCCUUAUAGCCUUGCGGUGACCUCUCCAGAAGGCGUGACCUUCGUCAAGGGCACCUGCCGCGAAGAAACGCGUUGGUGGGCUGACGUUCUUCAAGUUUACUCAAGAAACAAGGGUCGUCAUAAAAGGAAUGCAACCUUUCCUGGUGGGCAAAGUACCAUUCUUCAAGUUACGCCGACCAUUCGAAGUAAUACACCAAAUCCACCUCGUCCGAGGUUCAAUAGCACCUCUUGGAUUCAGGAAUCGAGUGGCGCUGAUUUGAUUACUUCCAGUUUUUCUUCAAUUCCUGGAUCAAUUUCAGUUAACAGCACUCAGGCUUUGGUUAAAAAUUCCACGAAUUCUUUACUAUCAAAUACUCUAAAUGGUGGUGCUGAUUCUUCAUGUGAUGGUUCUUCUCUGAGAACAAACGUCUCACCAUUGAGGAAUUCAACUUUGGAAAAUGGCAAUAUUCAUUCUUACGUAUCAUCAUCAACAAAUUCAAUAAAUGGAAAUUCUCCUGUAAUGGCGAACACAACGGUUUCUGUGAACACAUUGACGACGAUUGCUUCCACGACUUCAACGAAUGUUUCUCCUUUGAUAACUGGACCCGAAAAGCCACCAAUUGGUCCAUCGGAGAGCAGAAAUUAUAAGGACCAGCCAGCGAGCAGUGCUUCACCGCCAACGCGAGAUAAACUUCGUGCUGAGGAUAAAGCAAGACGCAGAAUGCAUCAACAGAACGAACGUUGCUCCUCUACUUCAAUCAAUUUUAAUGAAAAAUUAGAUGAUGACGCUUGUCGAAGGAUUCUUUUGGAGCAGGAAAGAGAACGAGAGGGAAAAUUGAGGGAUAUUGCUGCAUCGUUGACACAGCCGAGAGUCAGAAGGAGUAAACAGAGAACUUCUGAACCAACCAGAGAUGUUGUGGAUGCAGUUAAUAAUCAAGACAAAUUAAUUCGAGGUGAUCCUGAUGGUUGUGGUCUCGAUAUUUCUGGUACGCGAUAUUCGCCUACAUCUGAAUUGAGAGUUGAUCUUCCAGCUGAAGAUUUGUUAAAUAUAAAGAAAGGCUGGUUGUUAAAACAAGGGCUCAAUAAGGAAUGGAAUAAACAUUGGUUCGUUCUAAGAGGCUGUGGAUUGAUGUAUUAUCGAGAUCCUAGUGCGGAAGAUAAGGGAAUUAUGGACGGUGUCAUCGAUCUCAAUACUGUAACAGCCGUCACUUCGGUACAAGGAGUUCGAAAUUAUGGCUUUCAAACAGUGACGUGGGACGAUCGUGGCACUACUAUUUUAUCGGCAAUAACCGGAGGUAUCCGAUCAAGUUGGAUGUCAGCCAUUAGACGUGCAGCUAAUCUACCAGAUCCUGAAUCCAAUGUCGAGUCACACGUCUGUCAAGACAACCAACAAGACAUUAAUCCUCAAUCGCCAACUACCUCGAUUACUGAACGAGAGAGAGAUUCAAUUGUCCCCUCAACACCAUUAACACCGCGUUCUGUUUUAUUUUCCUCUGACGAGGAAUAUCGAACAGCAUCCGAGGGUGGAAGACGAGAAUCGGGUGAUUGGUCAGAAAUGCCAGUGUCACCGCCACUCACGAGAAAUGGUGAAUGGUCACUAGCACUAAAAGGAUCAAAUUGGUCUGAUUCGACGAAACAUGAAUGGUCUGAAUUACCACCAUCGCCACCAUUAACGAGAACUGCAUUAUCACGUGUUAAAGCAAGAUCACGUUCAAGUUCAAGAUCAAGAGUCUAUAAACGAAGUAGAAGUUCACCGCCAAGUUCACGACGAAGUACACUCGAUAGUGUACGUUCGGAAGAUUUAAUGAUGGCCUGCUGUGAAUUAGGUGAAGAUGAAGAACAAACAAAUGGCUUAAUUCAAAGUAAUAAUUGUCUACCUAAUAAUAAUGAUAAUAAUCCAUUGAUUGUUGAACUUCUUGAGAAUCAAGUGACAAUGCUGCGUGAUCAGCUCGAUAAAAAUCAAUCACAUCCAAAUACAUUGCUAGUCAUUAUUGAACGUCAGGAGAAUGAAAUUGAAGAUUUAAAAUCACAAUUAAAUCAAGCAAGAACGGAAAUUGUUAAUACUGAAAAGGAAUUGUCAAGAUUGAGACAGCAAAAAAUUGAGGCUAAUAUUAGAGAGAAAGAAAUUGAGGAAUUAUUAAAUAAAAUACAAAGAAUGGAAAAAAUGAGAAAUAAAGAUUUGGAGGAUUUGGAGAAAAUGAAGAAAUUAUAUAAUCGCGAUAAAGAGGUGCUUGAAUGUAAAUUAUUGGAGAGUGAAGUUAUUUUACGUGAAACCACAGAGAGAUGUGAAUUGAUUACAAAUGAACUUUCAUCGAGUCAUAGAACUGUUGAGCGUCUACAAACGGAGAUAACGGCUUUAAGCGAUAGAUUAUCGCAAGGAAUUGAAGAAAACGAAAGACUAUACACAAGAGUACGUGAACUAGAAGGAAAAAAUAGUCUCUCAUCAGUGACAAGAGAACGUGGUAAAAGUUUCGAUUCAUUGAGUGAUUUAACAAAUAUUGAUCUUGAUUUGGAUUUAAAUUCAUUUGACAAAGAACGUGUAAUGGAGGAAUACGAUGAAUUGCGUGGACGUUUUGAAAAGGCAAUAUUAGAAAUUCGUGCAAUGCGUAAAGAAUUACGUGAGGCUCACGCCGCACAAGAUGCCCUUGAACUUGAAGUUUUCGCUUAUAAACAAGAAUCAGGACGUGCCAACGAUACAAAUCAAGCUCAAAUGCAAUUAAUGGCAGCAAGAAUACAAGAUUUAACAAAUAAACUCGCAGGCAGUGAUAAACAAGUAAGAACAUUAAAACAAAAAAUGACCAAAGCUGAAACAAGGGAUAAGAGACGAUCACUUUCAUUAAAGGGACGUGAAUCAUUUCAAAUAUCACAAGAAGUUGAGGAUAAACUUGUUGAUUUGGAGAAUAAAAUUCAUGCUAUUGAACGUGGUAAAAAGGAAACAAAUUCUAAUAUUAAUUUAAAAAAAGAAAAAAGACGCGAGCAUCGUAGUUUAGAUCGUGCGAGAUUACGUAGAAAAUCAUUGGAUAGUGCAACAAAUUCUGAACCAAUGAAAGUUUUAAUACGUCUAAGUACAUUGGAGACAAAAGUUGCGGAAAAUUUAGCAAGUGACGCUGAAAAAGAUUCAAGUGAAUGCAGUGAAAUAAGUGUUGCCUCAUCGACAAGUGAAGUAUCAUUAGAGGUGUUAUCGAGAUUAAAAAAAUUGGAACGUGCCGUGGCAAAAUCAAAACGACGUCUUGAAAAAUGUCUUGGUUCAACGCAAGCCGAAGAGAAGGCAGAAAAAUGUUUAAGAGCUGUUAAUGAUAUUCUUGAUUCAUGCGUUGAAUGUAAAAAAAAUCAAGUAAAUUCACAAAUAACUGAAUCGGUAGGUGUUAUAGUGUCUAGAUUAGAAAUUAUACUUAGAGAUAAAAUGUGUGAAUUAAUGAAAAAAAGGCAAAUACUUGCACAAAAUGGUCAGCUUAACGAUAAGGAGAAAAUGAAAUUAAUUGCCGAGAGAAUUGCAUUUGAAUGUGUAAUAUUGAGACAAAUAAAAUGUGCAAUGUCACGAACAACCGAUAAGAGUAUUGUUUUAGGUGAAUUGGUCGAAACUAGUCAGCUUAUUUCAAAUUUAAAAUCAAAGAUUUAUGGAACUAAGCCCAAAACUUACCAAAAUACAAGUUUUAUUGAUUAUCUCACAAGAAUAUUAGCUAAUAAAUUUUUGCUAAUUAAUGGAACAAAAAGUGAUAGUUGUACUAGUAAUGAAGUAACGGCAGCACAAGCUGAGAGUUUAAAUUUUUUACUACAAAAACAAAAGGAAAUUAAUGAAAUAAUGCAACGAUUUAAGGAUGCAAAAUUAAAAAAUCUUGCUGAGGCAUUGGCAACGGAGACAUUGAGUUUAUCGGAACAGGAGGAAUUGAAUAAUAGUCAAAUUAAUCAAGAGGAUAGAAGGGAGAAAAAAUUAGUUGAGGAUCGAAGAAUACGUGAGGCAUGGGCAUUGGCACAGGAAACAGUGAGUAAAGAACUUGUACAAGCGGAAAUUUCACAUUUUAUAAUGCGUUGCGGACAAUUAUAUGAACAAAAUAUAACAUCUUUCACGGAUACUUGUUUUAUUUUCGAUACAAAUAUUAAUCUUGAAACGUGGGCUGAUAAAGCACAAGCAAAAUUACGCGAAGAAAUGGAAUAUUCAAUUGAAGAAUUAACAGCAAUUUAUGAGGAUUGUUUGAGACGAAUGAAAAUGAAUAAAACAAAAUAUAAUAUGAAAAAUGAAUCAAAAGAAUUAUUAACAGACUAUGCUGAUGUUGUGGCACAAAAAGCGUUAAUUGAUGCAAGAAUAUUUUUACAACAGGAAAAUAAACGACAAAAAAUUACAUUCACAGGAAAAACAUUUGUUUCUAGUCUUAUUCAACAGGAGGAUAUUUUAAUGAAUAUUUUUGAUGUUGAUAAAAUGGAAAAUAAUCCAUUACACGAUGCUGAAUAUAUUUAUUUAUAUCAACAAUUUACAAAAGAAUGUGAGGAGAAAAUUUCUAUGAAUAAUAAUAAUAAUCAUCGUAGUAAGGAGCAAUUGAAAAAUGUAACACAUUCAUUGAUUUGUAUGGAGGAGGAUAUUAUGGGUUUAAAAAUGUGUUUAAGUGAAAUUGAAUGGCCAAAAUCAAAUUUAACAAUUACUGAUUGGAAUAGUAUUUGUCAUAAAUGUACAGAAUUAAAAGAACAAAUAAAAUGUAUAAGUGAUUAUAUUAAAAGUGUCACAUGUAAACAAUGUGAAUUAUUGCAAAAUCGAAUACAGAUAAUAAAUGCUGAUCAUACACAUGAAUUGGAGGAAUUGCAAAAAAAUCAGGAACGUGAUUUAAUGGAUAUUAAAGGUGAAUGGGAUAAUCAGAGACAUUCAAUGACAUCGCAAUAUGAAUUAGAAGCGGCGAGUCUUAGGGAGAGAGCGAGAUUAUUGGAAAAUCGUCUCAAUGAAAUGGAUUCAGAACAUUCGGCACAUGUUAAUGAAUUGAGAUCGGCUUAUCAACGUUCAAUGACAACGGAUUUGGAUGCUGACGCUGAAACAAGAAAGAGAUAUAAGGAGGAGAUUAAACAAUUGAGAGCACUUUGUGAAAAGGGAUUGUUGGCUAUGGAAAAUUCACAUCGACGUACAUUGGCUGAAAUGGAGGAGAAACAUAAACAGGAAUUGGAGAGUUUAAGAAUUGAAAAGGAACAGGCUCUAUCGGAAGAGACGCAAGCGACUUUGGCUGCUCUUGAUGCUAUGAGAAAAGCACAUGAACACGAGGUGCAAAAAGAAAUUGCCAAAUUUAAACAGGAAUUUAUAAAACAGGUGCAAGCAAGGGAAGAUAUUGGAAUCCUUCACAAGGAACAUGAGGUUGAAAUGGAAGAAAUAAAACAAGAAAUUUUGUCCCUCUCAUCGAAAUAUUCGUCAAAAUGUGUCGAAUCGGCAGCGCUUGAGGAAAAAGUUGGUACACUAACGAAACAAUUGAAUCAGGCGCAACAACACAUUAAACAAUUGGACGCGCGGAAUAAACAACUUCGAGCACAUUUGGUACUUGAAACAAAUGACACGAGUUUCAAUGAAACAUUACAACUAUUGAGAGGUAGAGAAAAGGAAAUAACUGAACAAAGAGAGGAAAUUCAUCGAUUGCAGCAACAGCUAAAGCAUGGGAACGGCUCUCAUGAAUCAACAUCGAAAUCAUCGCCAUUAAGCUACUUGCCAUCAGUAUAUUCACCACAGAAAAUGAAAUCUAGUCAAGAGAUAGUUCGUGCAAAUAAUGAAGAACAAAAAAAAUUAAACAACGAACGUCAGAGUAAUUCUCUAUUAUCAAUUACAAGAAAAUCAUUAUCGCCUGAUAAAUCAUUUUCUUAUAAAGUUGAGAGAAUAAAAUCCAUUUCAUUGCCAUAUAAAAAUUGUAAUCUUGUGAGGGCAAGUGGUGGCGGUAAUGGUGAUGGUAGUAGCUCUGGCGUCGUUUUGUCACAAGAUAUAAAUGAGAGGGUGACACAAAAAAAUCAAGAAAGAAAUGGUCUCGCUACACCGCUCUGGGACAGUUUAAGAACGAGAAGUGGACUUCCUCAUCAGUAUCAAGGUGGCACAACAACGAUGCGAGUCAACAACACUAGCAUCGAGUGGCAGGAGAACAAGCAAAAUGAAAAGCAGCAACAACAACAACAACAACAAUCGGAGACAUACACCCUCCAUUCCAACAUUGGUAACACAUCCCGCCUCAACACGGAACCCCCAGCUCUCGCCAUUGCAGAGUUGAUGAGGUCUCCUUCGCUGAGAUGGACCGGCAGAAGUUGUCGUAGUCUGCCAACAACACCAACACCGAGCUAUCAUCAUCACCAUCAUCACCAUCAUCAUUCCCUCUACCCUCCACUCCCUGCAGUGGGUAUGGUUGCUGAGAGGAAAAAACGUUUUGAGCUCUAAACAAAUUUGCUAAGAUCGAUAAAGAACCUUUUUUUUUUUUUUUUGUUUUUGAAAAAAAGGGAGCAAAGAAAUUUCAAGAAAUUUUGCAUUUUUCAAAUUUUUUUCCGAAUUAUUUCAGAAUUAUAAAUUUUGAAUAAUUGUUAUCGCUAUUAUUUUUUUUCUUUUUUGUUGAAAAAAAAACAAAAAUUUUCCAAGAAAAAGAAGAAGAAGAAGCAAAGAAACCUAAAUUGGUGCUGAUCAGGUUGUUAAAAUUUUAAUAUUAUUGAAUUUUUUCCUAUACAUAUAUAUUUCAAGUUAAUUAUUGACUUAAUUAAAAAAAAAGUGUCAAUAAAUAUGAAUUUAUUUACCAUUGUUUUUUUCUCUAAAUCUAGAAAUUUUAUUGUCAAAAUAAUGCGGCAAUUGAAUUAUUAAAAAAAAAAAAAAUUUACUUCCAGUUAUUUUUUAAAUUACAUUUUAGCCGAUUUCACUUAUUAUAAUUUUUUCAAUUAUAUUUUGCCGAUAAAAAAUUUCACUGAUUUUGGAUUUAGAGAACAAAAUGGAAAUAAAAGAAAUAAUAAAUCAAUGGAAUUCAAGAUAAAUUUGUUAUAUUGUUAAGUUUGAAUAUUCAUAUUCGAAGAAUAUUGAAAAUCAAUAUUAUUUAUCGCAGCCAUUUUUGUCAGAAUCUUAUAUAUAUUUGUAUUGUUUUUUACAAAGUCUUCUCUUAUUGGAUAUGUUUAUAUAUUGUAAACAUAAUCUAAUGGAAACUAGCGGCUUAUUUUGUAAUAUAUAAUAUAUACAGAGAGAGAGAGAGAGAAACGAUUGUCACGAUAGAAGUUUUAAUAAAACUUCGUUAGAAUUUUGGGCAAAAAAAAAAUGGAAAUUAUCACACAAAACCCAAGCAAAAUACCAAACAGUGUGCAAUCUUUACUUAUUUUUUUCGGUACGUAUAAUUUUUUUUUUUUUUUUUUUGGGCAUUAUUUAUAUUAUAUAAAUAUAUAUAUAUAUAUACAAUAUAUUAUUGGCCUCUUCUUCACUGAUGAAAUUUUCGUAAAUUUUUUUUUUUUUUAAUUCCGUCAAUUGUAUGUACAAUCAUCAAGUAAAGAAGAGGCAGGAAACGAGUCAUGUACACAAGUUUAUUUCUGUCUGUAAAGUCUUCUUUUUUCUGUUUUAUUAUUUUUUUUUUUAAUUAUAAUUUUAUUAAAUUAUAAUUUUUAAUUAUAAUUUAAUUAUAUUUGUACCACAAAACUUGUUUAUAUAAAUGUGGAAUAUGAUUUUUUUUAAUUUUAAAUGGGGGCUCUUUUUUUUAAGGAUAUUCUUAGAAAGUAUGAGAUUUUAUUUUUAAGUCUCAUUUCUUUUGUUAAAAAAAAAAAAUACUAUUAUAUUCUUGUUUUUGAAUGGCACUAUUGUUGUGUAUAGAUUGUGCACAUUUGCUGUGUAUCAUUUUUUGAAAUUUUUGUAUUAUUAUAUAAUUUUUUUUCCAUUUUUCAUUAUGUAUAUUUUUUUUCUUUAUAAGAUUUGUAUUUAAUCCAUUUUGAAUGUUAAUAAUGUAUAGUUUAUUAUAUUUUAUUUAGAUUAAGUAUAAAUAGCCCAAAUUAACCCCCUUCCCCCUUAUAUUGAAUAAAUUGUUUAUAUAUAAAUAAGUAAAUAAAUAUAUUAUAUUAUUGAUAUAUUGUAUUCUACAUUAUAUAUAUAUUAUUGCGACUCGUUCCCAGUGGCGACUUUAAGAAUCAUUACUUAUUAUGUAGAGUAAUUGCUCAGGAUUGUUUAACGUUUAUAAUAUAUUAUGAUCAUAAUAUUGCAUUUGUAUUAUAAUUUAUAACACGUUUGAAAUAAAAUUCAGUAACCUUUUA